AGUUGUCGCAUGCGUGUCCACGCACGUAAGAAGACGGAUUCGAGAAGAAUGAGAGGAUGGCGGAGCUGGCGUGCAUGGUUUACUCCGGCCUCGGUGGGCUGCUGAUGAUCGUGCUGCUCGGACUCGCCACCACCGUCUUCUUUAUCUCUUCGUACUACUACCGACGUCUUGGCGCGCGCGAGGAGAAACGGCCGCCGGUGGUGUUCUUCUUUGACCUUCUUAAGAUGCUCGUGGCGGGUUCUGUCGCCUCUCUCGUCAACUACACCUUCACUGCCAAGGUGUCGUGGGCGGCGAGCGGCAUCACGGUGCGCGGGAAGCCGCUGGAAGGCAUUGGCUGGUACGGCGCCAUCUCCGUCGUGGACGUCCUUGUCGGCGCGCCGCUGUCCAUCGCGGUCGGGCGUCUCAUCAACCGCACCUGCAAAAUCGUCGAUAGACACCUGCGCACGCCGUCGCCGUGGAAGGACACGGUGCACCAGAACACGGUGUACGGCAAGUACAGCGAUGAGCACGACUGCUCUUGCGACUACCGUCACACUGCACCACCGGUACGUUGGUCGUGGUGGUACUCGCAGGCGGUGACGUGGACGUGCGCGUGUGUGCUGGGUGAGAUGAUGUCUGGGCUGACGGUGCUGUACAGCUUUCUGCUCGUGCGAUCUCUCUGGAACCCCGUUGCGUGGAUCGCCGUUCUAAUUUCCUUCUGGAAUCUUAACUGCCUCUUAAAACAGUACAUCGUGGUGACGUGUAGCCGCUUUUUUCUUUCCUACGCCCGACUUGCUGUCAUUGACUACUUCAACCAGUAUAAGGAGCCGAAGCACCCUGCUGUUCAUUGUUAA